GUGGCGUGAAUCAUACAACCUUUAAUUAUUUACUUGUACAAAUCUACAAACAACAAAGCAUACGACUAUCGUUUUAUAGCGACGUAUAGCGUUUAAAAAUUAAAGAUAAUUAUGGUGUAUUUUAGAAAUAGUUCAUCGAUUUUCUACCAGCGCAACUGUCGUUUACAGUGCCAUCAUUAUUAUAGUAUUGGAAGUUAUAGGAGUUACAAGUCUCGAUACCGUUACGUUUGAAAAGUCGGCAAUAACCUGCUUCAACUACGACACCAAGUCGAAAGGGAAUAAAUUCGACGCAAAGGACAUUAUGGAUCCAGCCGCAGUAGCAUGGCAUCGCCCUCAGUCUGCUACGUCCAGGGUGGAGGAGGAACUGAUUCAGAAGAGUACCCGGGCUGCCACUUCGGCAACAGAUCCCUUGGAGAAGCUGCGGCUCCUGUGCUUGUCUCGGGGAGCCACUGGGAUACUGGUCCUGGCAAGGUUCUUCAGAAGAAUGGAUGACGAUGGAAGUAACCAACUAAAUAAAGAGGAAUUUAUCAAUGGCUUGAAGGAAACAGGACUAGAGAUGACAACGGAGGAAUAUGAAGAACUAUUUCAUAAAUUUGACACCGACAACAGUGGAUCUAUUAGUCUUGAUGAAUUUAUCAAACAACUGCGUCCUCCUAUGUCCGAGUCGCGGCGCGCCAUAGUGGAGCGAGCAUUUAAGAAAUUAGACAAAACAGGCGACGGUGUUCUGUCUGUGAACGAUAUAAGAGGAGUUUAUUCUAUGGAAGCUCAUCCUAGAUACAUGAGUGGCGAGGAGACAGCCGAUGUGGUGAUGACAAGGUUCCUCGCCAACUUUGAGCCGGAUGGUGCCAGUGACGGAACGGUAACACUGGAGGAGUUCAUGAACUACUACAGUGGCAUCAGCGUCUCCAUUGACAAUGAUUGUUACUUCGACUUGAUGAUGCGUCAAUCUUACAAGUUGUAAUUUCCUUACCCCACAAAGACAACAUGCAUAAAUAAAAACGUUUAUUACGCACGCACGCAGCAACUCAGUUCGACAAUUGCUUAAUGCUUAAUGUUAUGCAUAAAAUUAUAUUGGUGUUUCAUUGUUCAUGAUAAAGUAUGACGAGUGUAUUUAUAAUAAAUGUUUAAC